UCUCUUUUCUGAUUUCUCUGUUAUUAACUGUUGAUUUGUGUUUCACUUGGAGCUUUUCUGCACAAGGCAUUUGUUUUGGAUCCAUCAUUCCCUACUCAUGUUUUCUACAGGUUCUUUAGAUGAUGACUUUCCAUUUUUGCACUUGUGUGUAACUAGAAAUUUCAGCAUUUUUAAUGGCAGAGAAAAUGCAGCAUUUAAUUGUGAAGGCAAAAGAAACAGCAUUUUCCUCAUGUGUUUUUAUACUAAUCUAUUGUACCACACUGCCACCUAAAGGUUAUGUAGUGGAAAAUCAGCAAAGGAAAUGAUAUUCCGAUCUUAAUUCUGCAAUAGAUUCAAAAGUAUUAACAGCAUUGUAUGGAAAAGCUCUUAAUUUAUUUUCUCCCAACUACCCACCAUAUCUUCAUUAGAACAAACUACAGUUGGGAAAAGGGAUGCUUUUAAAAUGUUUUAAAAAGGAUAUUUUCAGCUUUAUUUUAAAAUUCUCACUAGUGGGUGGGGAAACUGUUUGCCCCCCAGAUGUUGUUUGAUUACAACACCCGUGAUCCCAACCAAUAGCUAAUGGGAGUUGGAGUCCAACAGUCCAGAACAACCAGAGGGUUAAUGGUUCCCCAUGCAUGCAUUAAUGUGAAGAGGAUCUAUGCAAAGAAAAGAACAUCUGUGUACUUUGUUGGUGUAUAUAUCUUAUGUGUGAUUAGAACUGUGUACAUUGGAUUGCCUUUGAAGAUAGUUCAGCAGCUGCAGGAAGCUAUGGAGCUUCUAGAUUGCCAACUGGCAUGGAGCACUCCAAUUCCACCUCAGUGUUUGUCAGCUGAGCUGGCCCCUGGUCCAUUUCUGGGCUCAAUUGCAAGUGCUGCUUGGAACUUUUGAUCUUGGAACAGGGACUGUAAAGAAUCACCUUUCUCCACACUUACCUAGCUGCAGACAGAAUUACCUUCCCCUUUCUGUGGCACCGUGGGCUAGCUACUGGAGAAUUUUGGAAAAGAGGAAGAUGGGGUCACUAUUCCUGCAGAUACAAUGAAUGAUCUACGGCUAGUCCAUCUCCCACUUUUCCUGAUGUAGGCCCCCAACAUCUUGUCUUUCACACCGGAGGUAGUUUGGGAAGCCUGCAGCCCUUGUUUUGACAUGUCAUUGGAGGUGGUCCUAACACCCCACUUCCAUCUGUAAGGACAUUGGGAGGGGAGUGGUAUGCAGAGGGUAGGGGUUACUGGGUAUAAGUGAAGGGAGAGGCCACGGCAGAUGUGUGGUGAGAUGUCUUGAAGGUCUCCCUUGUAACAGGAGGAAAUUGGUUGCCACGCCCCACUCCCAGCUUAGGGGGCAAAGAAGAUAGGAGCAGAGUGUUGGGGGGAUGUCUAUGAACUAUGGGGAACUAUGGGGAGUAGAAGUGAUGGAACAGACUGAAAUACUGUUAACUUGCUGACUUAAUCCUGGCAGGUAGGAGGCAAUCCUCAUAUUAGGAUUGCAUCUUUUGCUGGUGCUCUAGAGUGGGAGGGCUUAGACAGUAUUUGGAUUGUAAUUCUCUUUACCACCACUUGCACAUACCAGGAAUAUGGUAUUUGCUCUGGAAUCCCUGUGUUUUUUGAUCCUCAAUGAUAUGGAGCACUUAUCUGGCACUUAAUGAGACAGCUGUAUGUGCCAAUAGUAACUUGUGAGCUUGAUGGGAGAGUUUGCUUCUGUGCCCAAGGAGCAUCUAAAACACAAACCUAUAAGAAAUCCACACAUACACUAUCUGGGAAAAACAAUUUGAAAUAAGAACAAAUUACAGUCAAAGCUGAAGUCAAACGAAGGAUUUUGAUUCUCCUGAAGUUCAUGACAAAAUAAGGUUGUCAUUCAAGAUUGUACGCCUGACAUCAGCCACAGUGAUCAAACGGCUUUAAUGUUGCUGUAGCAGCAACAGAAUGAAGGUAAAGAUGUGUGAAACAGGGAAGGUCGAGGAGUAUUUCUCUGAGGUGACUGCCAUAGAAGGUAUAGAAGGCAUUAUGGCUUAAUGCCAUAGAAGGCAUUAAGCUGGGAGGGUGUGUGCUUUUGCAAAUAGGAAGAAAUGCAGGUUGACUUAGUUGUGUCCUCUCAUAUUUUCAUAUUACAUUGCAUGAUGAUUAAACUGACAUAAAUGGGAAGAAUAAUGGAUUACAGAUAUGAGUUCAGGAAUCAAAUCCCACUUUUUUCCCUUGCCCCAUGUAGUUCCCAUUCAUUGGACUUAGUAGUCUAUGGUGCUGCUUUCACGUAUACGGUAGCUGCUCACAUAUACAGUAACUGCUGAAUGAUUAAUUGCCCUUCAAAGUAUCUCUGUCUUCCUUAGGAUCAAAGGCAAGUCCUAAAGCAACAUCUAAGAAUAUUCUCUCUUCCACUGAAACCACUGAGUGCUGUAAAGUGUAAGGAAGUAAAGACUCUCCAAUACCAGGUUGGGAAGGUAGACAUUUAGAUCACAAUUACAGAGGAUGGUGCUUUAACAGGAACAGCUCAAAGAUCUGUCUAGCAUUACUCCCAUGUUUUUUUUUAAACUCUCGUUGAGUCCAGGGCUGAGGUACGCUUCUCCUUAUGUGUCAUUCUCUCUUCCCCGCAGUAGCCAGCUCUGUGCCAGUUGGCAGGCUGGGCUAAAUGUGCGUGCACAUGUGUUGCACACCCCCAGAGAUAUUCCUUCAGGGGCAUGAAUUCAGGCAGAGUAUCUGGGUGGACAUAUUAGGUUCCUCCACCAAUUGAGAGGCACCUAUUUUUUGCAUGUUUAAUAUGAGCAACCAUGAGGAUAGCCAUAAUCAAAUUGUUCUUCCUGGUAUGGACAGUGGGGGACAAAAGCAGCGAGGGCAGUGAACCACCGAGCCUCUGUAAAUCUUCGUCCACUUUUUAAGAAAAGAAAAAGUGUGCAUGUGGUGAAGAAUGCAUACAAUUCUUUGCUUUGUGCUUGCAUCUCAAUCAGAACUUAGUCUCUUCCUCCUCCAGAGUAAUCCAAUUUGGAGCAGGAGCCAGUCUAAUCCAGAAUGUUGCUUUCCUUCAAAGUUGGAUUUUAGGAUUUGGCUUCUGUUUGCUGGUUUGUGUUUUAAAGCCAGGGGAUUGGAUUUGUUUGCCUUCUGCUUCAGUCUGUCAUGGCUUAAUUUUUAAAAAUCUCCCACAUGUGGUUGGUUGUUGCUUUUCCUGUAUGGAAGCAGCAGGUUGCCCAGUAGUCUCCAGGUUGCUUCCACCAUUCCCAAAAUGUCUGCUUGACUGUGCUGCAUCAUCACAUAGUAUUAUGCCAAGGGAAACUUUGGGUAGGAAAACAUGGCUGUCAGAAUAACCACAGUCCCAUUCCAGAAACAAACAUUUCUGCUCAUUUCCAGGGUUGAGUAUUGGAUGAUGCCCUUCAUUGUUGGCAAGGUCCAAAGGACAAGAUUUGUCUUUCAAAAUUGUCCUUCCUAGUUGAAUGGCUAGGGUAAAGAGGGCAGCAACCCGAGGGCCUUUGAAGAAACAAUGGCCUUCACACUCCAGCACGAAUCUGACUAACGCAGAAAUGGUGUUAGAAAUGGUGCUAUUGUUAGGUGAAGAGGAGUGGCACAGCCAACAAUUUAGUAUUCAUACUGGAUAUUUUACUGAACUUACUGUCAUUUUUUUCUUUACUCAUUUAGAUGUUAAUAUUUGGUCAUUUCAGGGUCACUGUGUUUAUAUAAGGAUUUGCAAAAUGUUUAAUUGUUGAUAAGAAUAUUAAACCGAACUGCUACUGAUAUGUGUGCUUAGCAUGGACUCCCUCCAUGGGAAAGCAUGUGAGCUUGAGGUGACAUUAGCUGAUAUGAAGCUGCAGGGUGUACAGGUCCCAAGUCAUACAAUGAAGGCUUAUAGGUCAUAGCACUUUGAAUUCUGGGAAUUACUGGCCUUUUAUCUGUCUAAACGUGCAUAGGAAUACCACAUUAGGCUAAAACUACUACUUUUUCUUUCAGUUUUUCUACAAGAGUGUGCUAAUUGCUUAGCUACUUUCUCUUUUGUCUCAGAACUGAGAUCUGAGUUUUACACAAAAACGUUUUUCUUUCUGCUUUUUCCCUGCUACAUAACAAAUAGGCCCCACUGUGUUAUAGCUCAAAUACACAAGCAGAUUUUUCCCUUUCAGAAGUAAUAUCCCUUUUUUUCUGCUCUUAAAAAAACCCCCACGAUUGGGCUUUAUAAAACAUGAGUGGAACUGGAGGAUCACAAUGUCAUUUGAAGAACCCAUGAAGAACUGUGAGUAUGGAAUCUCAAGUAUAUAAUAAACACCGUGUAUAGGAAACUUCUUGUGUUUGGCACUGCCCUUUUUGGCUUCAGCCCUGCCCAGAACUGCAACAUGGUCCCUGAAAAUUUCUCUGAAAUUGAAUGUAAUCAUUGGACUAAAAGAGUUUCUACAUCCCUGCUAGAGAACUAUGAAGUAUAUUUCAUCAUGAUGACAUUAUUGGAAUGAGCAAUCGCUGCUUGCUUUGCCAUUCAUUUGGCUUCACAUAAGAGCAACAAAAAAUCCCAACUACUAGAGUGUCUUGAUUGGAAAUCCAAAUAAAAGGUACAGCUAAAUUUGACUAGAGUAACAAUUCUGCUGUUGCAAUUUUAUAAAGUUCUUAAAUUGUUUUAAAGUUUUAAUUGUAAUUUUUCUUGGGGGUCCUAGCUAUGAAAGGCAUGCCAUGAAUGUAUAAAUAAGUGCAAAUAAAUGUGCUUUUUUUCAAAGUACAAAACUGCAUUGCCCUGAAGACAUGAAAGAACUUAUAGCCUUGAGCUAGUUCUUCAAAACUAAAAGACGAAGCUGCAGAUUUGUCAACAGAACAAUAAUCUCUCAAGAUUGAUAUGCUGUCAAACUGAUAGUCCUUUUAUAAGCUAGUGGAAGUGGUCCUGAGCCUGCCUGAUAAAGGGCUUAAGUGGCACUCUAAUGCAUAUUUACUUAGGAGUUAUUCCUAUUGGACUUAGUGGGAUCUACUCCUGAGGAAACAAAAAAGCAUAGGCUUAAUCUGCGAGUUAGAAAGCGAGCAGUUUCCUUGCAUGCCCCUAUUUAUUGGGAAGAAUAACUGAAGUGCUUAAGGUUUUCCAGGUCCUCACAGACAGCACAAUGACACCAAGAGAGGCUGCAGGCACUGUAUCCUCCACCCUGCUGCUCCAGGGAUCCCUCUCUCUCAGCCGCUCAUUCAACUCCUCUGUUUGUUUUGGCCAGCAGGACUCUCCAUUAACCCCUACAGUUGGCAGGGGGAGGGCUGGUGAAGGAAGGAGACAAAAAAAUGCAGCAGCUGCAUGCUCACUUUAAAGGCAGAGGCAUCCUAUCAAGGCAACUCUAGGUCCUCUGCUCCUCUGGCAUCUUGUCUGCAGCAAAAUAAGAAGUGACACCCACGGGUCAAAUGACUCAGAUCUUCAAAAGAAGAUACUUGAGAAGCAAGAACUCAUAUCUGGCUUGGGAGAGGAAAUGAUACAUAUAUUGGGGGUUUAUUGCUGUUUCCGAUGGUGCUUUUAAAAAUAACAUUCCUCAGACAUCAGAUAUGUAAAGGCCUUGAUGUUGAUUACAUUUUUAAGAACAAUAGAUAGACAGAAAGUCAAACAGACUGACAGACAGACAGAUUACUCUUCUGUGAUUGGGAAAUUAAUUCAUUAAAUUUUUAUAUUGAUCAAUAGCCAGAGCUCUUCCAUUACUACAUGUUUAGCAGACCAUAAGUUUUUUAGAGAGAUAUAUUUAUAUAUAUUCAUGCAUACAAAAAAGAUAUUUUGUAAUUGUGAUCCAUGAGAUGCAGGCUGAAAUUUUCUGUGAAAUGAUUACAUUAUUAAUGAAUUAUAUUCCAGUUUAGCACUUGUUGGAAGGUUUCAGGAUAGCAAUCUGAAGGUUUUACAUAAUUCUAUUUUUUAUUAUUAGUAGGCUAAUCCAGCAGUGGGAUUUCCCUCCUGCAAGGCUAACAAAUUUCUUCUUCAAACCAUAAAAAUACUAAAAAUACAGAAGACAUAAUUAGAACAACUAAUAGUAAGGAACUGAACAAUGACUCCCACCUAGUGGUAGGGUGGGAAAAAGCACUUUCUAUUUACCAGUUGUGUUCUCCAUUUUUGCUUCUUCCAUACUGAACAUUAGCAGUGGGCUUUGCAGACCCCAAAGGUUAAACUUUACUGAGGCAUAUGGAUCAGGGGAGGGGAUAGUCCAGGCUGUAUCCCAUUUACCAUAUGGAAAAAAAGUAAAUCAUUAUAGAUCAUGAUUAUCGAUACUUGUGGAGACUCAUUUCCCUGCAUCUGUUUUCCUACUGUCCCAUUCCUACAGGGACUUUCUGGAGCCACUCAGAAACAUGAUGUCUUUAUAGAUGUGCUCCAUGAUCAAAAAUUAUGUGUGCGAUGUCACAAAAUGUGUUCACUCACAACUUACUCUCCAUGCAUUCACACUUUUUCUUGGUCUUUAGGUCUAAAUCCUGAUGGGACAGAGUCCCUAGGACCAGCAAAGGAUGUGCCACAUUGUCCUAUUUUAACACAUGAAGUAUCUGAACAUUACUUUACUGCUAGAGAAUUGAUCCUAAUUCAAGGAUCUGUCCUGUUUGACAUGCAAAUAAAAGGAGCCCGGGAUACCUGUUUGGUAUUCAGGAACGAAUACCUUCUCUACAUAUCUAUUCGGAAAUCAGUGUCAUUGAGUUCAAGGGGAUUUAGUCUGACGUGGCCAAUAUUUCCCAGCUGUAAUCUCAAUGUGAAUUUCUUCUGCACAGAUGCGUCUGGACACUUGCAAGUAGAGGAAUCUGAACUUCUCACUGUCCCUGAUGGAUGGAAGGAACCAUCCUUUACAAAAGAAGAUAACCCUAGAGGGCUUCUGGAAGAAAGCAGCUUUGCCACUCUUUUCCCCAAGUACAGAGAAGCUUACUUGAAAGAAUGCUGGCCCCUGGUGCAGAAAACUUUGAAUGAACAUCACAUAAAUGCAGCUUUAGAUUUAAUUGAAGGAAGCAUGACUGUCAACACAACAAAGAAGACGUUUGACCCGUAUAUAAUCAUCAGAGCCAGAGACUUGAUUAAGCUCCUAGCAAGAAGUGUUCCAUUUGAGCAGGCUGUACGCAUCCUGGAAGAUGAUGUUGCAUGCGACAUCAUUAAAAUAGGCUCUCUGGUCAGGAACAGAGAAAGAUUUAUAAAAAGAAGACAGCGACUUAUUGGUCCCAAUGGAUCCACUCUCAAGGCUCUGGAACUGUUGACCAACUGUUACAUCAUGGUUCAGGGAAACACUGUUUCAGCCCUUGGACCAUAUAGUGGCUUAAAAGAGGUUAGGAAAGUUGUUCUGGAUACCUUGAAGAAUAUUCAUCCAAUAUAUAACAUCAAGACUCUGAUGAUUAAAAGGGAAUUGCUAAAAGAUCCUGAAUUAAGAUUACAGAGCUGGGAACGGUUUUUACCUAAAUUCAAACACAAGAAUUUGAACAAACGGAAGGAACCCAAGAAGAAAAAUGUCAAGAAAGAAUAUACUCCCUUCCCACCUCCACAACCAGAAAGUCAGAUCGAUAAAGAAUUGGCCAGUGGUGAAUAUUUCUUGAAAGAAAGUCAGAAGAAGCGUAAGAGAGUGGAGGAGAUAAAGGCAAAACAAGCAGAGGCAAUUAGUAGGAAACAAGAGGAGAGAAAUAAAGCUUUUAUUCCACCCAAAGAAAAGCCAGUUGUAAAACCUAAGAAAGCCUCAGCAGAAACAAAAAUUGACAUUGAAGCUAUUAAAGAAAAGGUUAAAAAGGCAAAGAAGAAGAAGCUGGGAGCACUUCCAGUUGAAGAAGUAAAGUUAAAAAUUGCAGAAAAUGAGAAGAAAAAGAAAAAAUCGGCCAAAUUGUCCUGACCUUUUUCCGAGAAGGAAGAUUCCAUGAACUCUAGUUUUAUAACUAACUUCAAUUUGUUCUAUUUCCACUGGAUAUCAGAAAACAGAAGCCUCACCUUCUCUGGUGGGUGAAAAAUCACCAGUUUCCCAAUUUAUCUAAAGUAAAACUGACAGCUUAUUCUGCUGCAUUCUUUAUAAUAUGAAUAAGGCUUGCAGGUUUACAGCAUCCAUUGGAGUAAGCUGGUGACUUAAAAGCUUUUUGUUAUUGAAGAUUUCUAGCAUACAUAGAGCUAUUGCAAAAGGAUUAGUACAGAGUGUGAAUAUUGCCAACUCACACUUCACGUUAUUUGUGAUAUUGUUCCUGGGAGUGCUUCUCUGAUAAAUUAAAAGUGGAAAAGUUUUCUUUGAGAAGAUGUUAAAGUGUAUGUCAAAAAAGGAAACAUGUACAGUUUAGGCCACCCAAGUUUAGAUAAACUAUUUUUAUAUACAUUGGUACGUCUGGAAAGUGGAGUUUUGGUCUGUUCUGAAUGUUAUGUCUACUGUUUGAGAGAUACACUUUCCAAAUGCUGGCUGCAACUGAACUAUGAAACCCUGUCUGUCAAGUGGAAUAGAAAUUGGGUGUUCAUUUUUCCUUCAAAAACCAUGAAUCUUCUGGUUAAGUCAUAUGAAUCAUACCUCUUGUAACACUUGGCUGGUAACCCAAAACCAUAUGUCCUUUUAGGUUACAGGUACUUUUUAAUAUCUACAGAAUGACCUUGAAGUAGAUGCUAAAAGCUUUUCUUAUUUUAAUCAUGUCAUAUAUCAGCUGGCAGUACUUACCCCAUCUCUUUGUGAGACUUGCUCAGUGCUGAAGCUAUUUAGGGAGAGAUUCUGUGGCCCUCAGACAGUAACUGAGGGGCCAUAUGAUUUUUGGAUUUUAGAGCCAAGGUUAGAGACUGUGCUUCAAGCUGGGCAUUAGAGCUUUACCUCUUUACCCUGCCCCCUGACAGCCAGUGUAGAAAGAACCACACUGACUGUCAGGGAAGCAAUUCCAGAGAGGAGUAAAACAGCAGGGAGGAGAGGAGACUAAGGAGCCUAAGCUACAGGAUAGCCAGAGGCUGCUUCAGCCUUCUUCCCUUCCCUGCUGAGAUGAUCCAGCUAGGUGGGCAAAACCUACCUAGAAAAUCUUAGAGCUGGAAGAUGCUGCUGUGGCUGCCGCCCCUCUGCACUGGAUGCUCAUCAGCCUCUGUUUUCAGAGGUUUAUGAAUGUUCCAGUGGGAUUGGACUCUUAGUUAUCAUUGUGGCCUGAUCAAUUAAACAUAGACUUUUUUGGAUAAUGUUGCUUCAUAAAUAAAACUAUUCCAAAGUCAGCAAAAGUAAAGAUGGUAAUGUAGCUCUGGUCACACAAUGACUUCUCCAACUGUAAAUAAAUUUAUUUACAUUAAUGGGAAGUCACUUCAAUAAUACCAGAACAUUGGCUCAUGUUUAGAACUUCUGGGAUUGUUACUUUUAUAACUGAGGAGUUUUUCUAAUAACCCAAACACAGCUCUGAAUUUUGGGUAGAAGCUAGGGGACUUUGUCAGACUUUUGUGCAAUGAUCUUUACUAUUUUUAAAAAGAAGCCACUCAGGUUGCAUUCACUGCCACCCUGGUCACCUAGGGGCCAACCGCAGCUGACCAGUUGUGCUGCUGUUGGUGUCAUGGACUACCACUCCCACUCCAUAGCUAAUUGGAUGAUUGCCCUUGUGUUCACCCUUUUUCACUUUUAGCCACUUUAACAGCUGACUAGCAAGAGAUGUCCUAAUGUUCCUCCCUAAAGGUUCCCCUGGUUUCUGCAUGCUGCCCCUGACUAAAGCUAUUCACAGGCAAAGCAGGAGACCUCACUGAAGCUGAACAGCCGCUGUGAAAAGAGGCAGAGAGCUGCACUUGUGAUUAGGAGUCACCUGUGACCCUGGCAGUGAGGAACACAGAUGUUCUUCAACCUGAGAUGGUGGAUAGUAUGCAGUUUAGCAAUUGAUUUUGUGUGGCUUCAUUCAUAAAGGCCUCUGCAAAAUCACUGACCUUGAAGAACCUGUUCUGAAUGGGCAUCUGACAAAUGGCAAGUCUCUGACCUUAGCAGACACUACAUCAUGUUAGUAUGCCUCAGAUUUGGUUUAUGGAUUGCUAGAGUGUGUGCUCUCCUGGGGUGCUCCAGCAUCCCUACUUCUCAAAAUUGGCCAGGAGAUGUGUGCAAAUGUGUCUGCACAUCAUCAUGAAAGAUAUCUUCCUGCUGCAAUGAGAUAAGUGACUUUCAGGACUUAGUAAGGCAGAGAGCCUAAAUCUUUCCUGUCCUACUUUCUACCCUUAACAUGUAGAGCUAAAUUCAACAUUUUGUGUAUGGUAAGUACAAUAAUCAGUACUUUCAAAAAAGUAGUAAGCAGUAGACACCAUGUGCCUUAGGAGAAGUGAAUGCAUGUCUGGAAGAGUGGCUGAAUCUGUAGGGUGCAUUUUAGCAGCUAAACAUUUCCCACUGCUUAGAAGUAUAUUUAACUAGAAAGAACAGGAGGCUUUAUUUUUUUCCCCAUGUGAUCAUUUUCCUAGUGAAGCUUCAGUGUGAGCAAAAUUCUAUGCUAAGACAACCUGCAACCCAAUUCUAACAGCUCUUUGUAUGGCAGCAAUAAUUACAGAAAGGAUUACUAUUUUUAUUUCCUACCCAUGAACUAAUGGGACUUCAGUGUGGUUUAUACUCAAACCAGGAUCUUAAGAACCAGCUUGAUGUAGAAGAUUUACUAUAUGAUUACUCCCCAGUACUACAGUUCCAAAAAAGCAGGUCUUUGCUAAACCUUUAAAUGCCAAAAAAACUUUUUUGAUGAGCUAUUAUGAGAUAAGGGAGUUCUAAAAACCUGUCCCAGAGAACAUGGCAAGGUGGGGCAAAAGUAUAUAUUUUCAGUACUAGAACAUUCCACAUGAAAUGUUACUAUAAGGUUCUCAAAUACUUAGAACUGCCCACCAUUAACAACUCUGCCUUUAAUGGUGUCUCAGCAGCUCGUACAAUUGAUAAUAUCCCUGCUUAAGCAGAAGGAGUUGUAAUGUAUGGUGGUAGUAAACUAGGAGCUUGAAUAUGUUGUGACUGCAAUGUUUAAUGCACUGUUCUAUAUUGAACUACAAAGCACUGAUCUUGUAACAUUCUAUUCCUGGUUGCACAUUGUUGUCAGAAUGGUAUUAGUGAUUAGUUAUGUGUUACUGACCCAGUGUCUGCUUGUACCUGGUUCUCUCUCACACUUGCUACAUGUUGCUACUGUUUUGUAUUGCCAUGUUGGAUCAUCCCCUUUUUGUGAAAUAACCUUUACUUGAUGGGAAGGGAAGGUGACAGUGGGUGAAUUACAGGUCCCGGCUCUAGUUUUAUUGAAAUGGCUUUAAAUUUGAAAAUGGCCAGGAUUAUUUUUAAUAAAUAGUGAAAGUUGAAAUAGUAGAUAGUGGGAAUAAUUACACAUUAUAACUCAGUCAAAUUUAACAAAGGACUCUUCAGAGUUUAAGGACCACAUUCACCAGCAUUAAUUCCUAGCUACUUGCUGAUUAUUGAUGGGUGCAAAGCUCAGAUUCUCAUUGCUAAUUUUUGGACAAUUUCUAAAACUUUCUGAUUUGUCACUGGGCUUUUAAUUUUAUUGUGACUAAAGAAUUUUGGGCUGAGUGUUUAUCAUUUCUUUCCUCUAUGCUUGUAUUUAACAUAACACUUUGGGAAAUUAUGGGAAAUAUCAAGUGCUGAGGCCAUCGGUGUGCAAUAACUGGAAAUAAGUGCAGUUAAUCUUUGUCUAGCCUGGGAAUUGGCAGCAUGGUACCUGUGGUAACUAGUGUGCCCCGGACACCUUCUGCCUCACAUUCUAAGGCAUCCUACCCCUCCGAUUUUCCUGGCAAGUAAAGCAUGUCAAAGUAAAGUGACUGCCUACAGUUGUA